CCUGAUCCGUUCGGUCGCUGCAUAGACCAGGCAGGGAAGUAUCAAAGUUACCCAAUAAACAUACAAAUGCGACGCAAUUAACCAAGGACUCGGUUGAAAAGUAAGAGUUUACAAUUAUAUCACAGUGGAAUAGCGCGGAAUGCUGAGAAUGAUACGAGUUUGAUGGGACAGGAGAAUUUGGAGCUCCAUGCCCAAAUGGCCAAUUCUCCGCAGAGCUGUUCAAAUGUGGUUUUCACGUUGUGAUACGCACCGCGUUCUAGUUCAGAACUCAUGAUUUCUGCAUGAAAACACCUGAAUACGGUAGCCUAUCCAAGAUGACCAAUCUCUUUUAUACCAAUCCUUGCAUUUAGCAGAAUCAUGUGCUCUCAACAUUGAGUGUGGGUUACCAUUGACUCUCAACUGUAAAAAAGACUACAGGUUCCAAUGGAGCACAGGAAGCAGAAGUUGAGUUCGGCCAAGGGCUUCGUCCCAGUGUUUGAGAUGCGCGGAACUCGUCGGAUACUUUUUCUACUAGUGCUGAUGUUGGUAGGUUUGGAUGGGGUCGGCGGACUCCCUACGCGUAGAAGGAAAACGGAAGCUGGUGAGUGGUCUGUGGAGUCCCUGAGCUCUGUGAAGCAUCAUCCCGUGAAGGGAGCGGCAUUGAGCCGCUCCAAACGCUACGCCAUCAACCCACUGGGACACAAGUGGAAGCAUUUCAACCUCACCUACAAGAUCGUGAAGUUUCCCAACACACUGAACAAAGACGGCACCCGCAAGGCCAUCAGCAUUGCGUUCUCCAAGUGGAGCGACGUGUCCCCUCUCUACUUUGCUGAAAUCACAAACCCCAACAAGAGUGCUGACAUUAUCAUCGGCUUCUACACGUGGAACCACACAGACUGCUGGUGGUCUCCAUUGCACCCCUGUUUUGAUGGGCUAAACGGGGAGUUGGCCCAUGCCUUCCUGCCCCCGCGCGGGGAGAUCCACUUUGACAACCAUGAGUUCUGGAUCCUGGGGAAGUCCCGCUUCAGCUGGAAACAAGGUGUAUGGUUGAAUGACCUGGUACAGGUUGCGGCUCAUGAGAUCGGGCACGCCCUGGGACUGUGGCACUCCCGUGACCCCCAGGCCCUGAUGCACCCCAAUGCCACCUACACGGGCCAGAGGAACAUUGCCCAGGACGACAUCUGGGGAAUCCAGCGCCUCUAUGGAUGCACAGACAAGAAGCGCGUAUGUGAUCCAUGGGCUCGCCUUGGCUUCUGCGAAAGGAGGAAGAGCUUCAUGAAGAAACACUGUGCCCGCCGCUGCGACCUCUGCUAUGAGCCUCUUGAGGCCGUUACCACGCCAACUCCACUGCCUUCCAACGUCAAGGUCAAGAUGGUUCCUCGUGGAAAGGUUGUGGGCUUCCGCUGUGGGACGAAGAAUCCUAGAUCGCCUCCUAAAGUCAGCUGGUAUAAGGAUGGAGAACAGCUCCUAAUCUCUAUCCCCGGCUACAUCAUCAUGAAGGGCCGCGACCUCCGCAUCGUUGCCAACGAGUUUAACGAGGGCACUUACACGUGUCGCGUCCAUCGUAGCGGCAAUGUGGUCUCUGCAAACUCCUGGGCCAUCCGGCUGAAGCCUGAACAGCCCUCCAACAGUUGAGCUGAACGGAGUGAGUGAAGGAAGGGAAGAAUGAGAGCUGGGAAGGAAAGUAUAACGCAUGGAGGAAAAGAGGACGAACCCACAGCUGUGCCACAUGUGCCUCUCCGCUAGCCGCAGUGGAAUGCAGGUGGCAACAAUUAUAAUAUUAAAAGGGAACUCAGCAAUUUGACAUCAUCAUACACGAUGACGACUUCCUGAUAUUUAAAAUCUGCCAAGACUGCCACAUAUUGGACCAUAUUCAUUCAGGGGUUGUGAGCUCUGGUUCAGAGGGGUUGGGUUAAAUGCGGAAGAAACAUUUCAGUUGAAGACAUUCAGUUGUACAACUGACUAGGUAUCCCCCUUUCCCUAAAAUAAAAAACCCCAACAGAAAACAGAAAACCUUCCUUGAGUUUAACCUUAGAAUCAACAGAUAAUUUACCAAUGGAAACAACCCUCUAGUCUCGAGCCAAUAGUGUCAGUAUUGGCAGAUUGAAAUUCUGUUGUUAAUGUCUGUAAACAGGAAGUUUCCCCGGUUUGUAGGAUGAUAUCAUAUAGCUGAGUCUACCUUUAAGCAGGCUGUACUCUGACAGUACUCCCCAGGUCAUAAAUGGGAUAGACCCCAGCGCUCAAUCUUAAUACUUCAUUCAUCAUCAAGGACAUCAGACUUUAAGAUCCAGACAGAAAAGACUAGCUUUGCUCACCCUUUAAACGUGAUGACUGUCAUUUCCAUGCAGUUGUUGUAUUGAUAUAUCUCACUUUGUAAAGUGUCUAGGACAGAGUUGAUAUUUCUAUUAAUAUGUUUUGAGAAAAAUGGUGGAAAUAUGAUGCAGCUAUCACUGUGUGUACAGUACUUACGGAAAGUAUUCGCAGCUUUAAUUCAGAACUGAUAUUAGGGCACUCAAGCCCCGUUUAUGCCUGGUUCUAACAUGCAUCCUGGUCUUGUCCACAUUCUGAUCGUGUCCACAUUCUCAGACAUGCAUCUAUAAACUAUUGAACAGUCAUCCGUUGUUGUGACGUGACUAUCAUUAAUGCGAUGACUGUUAUCUUAUCAAAUCAAUUAAUUAUUAUUUAAUUAGUAUGUGAUUAAAUUACUUGUGUAACAAUUAACUCAGUAACUUGGGGCACCAGGGGGAAAACGUAUUUAACGAGUUCCUAUAUCUCGAAUUAAACUUUUAUAAGAUAUAGUUAAAGUCGGAAGUUUACAUACACUUUGGUUGGAGUCAUUAAAACUAGUUUUUCAACCACUCCACAAAUUUCUUGUUAACAAACUAUAGUUUUGGUAAGUCGGUUAUGACAUCUACUUUGUGCAUUACACAAAUAUUUUUUCCAACAAUUGUUUACGGUCAGAUAAUUUCACUUAUAAUUCACUGUAUCACAAUUCCAGUGGGUCAGAAGUUACCAUACACUAAGUUGACUGUGCCUUUAAACAGCUUGGAUAAUUCCAGAAUAUCAUGUCUUAAGAAGCAUGAUGGGCUAAUUGACAUAAUUUGAGUCAAUUGGAGGUGUACCAGUGGAUGUAUUUCAAGGCCUACCUUCAAACUCAGUGGCUCUUUGCUUGACAUCAUGGGAAAAUCAAAAGAAAUCAGCCAAGACCUCAGAAAAACAAUUGUAGACCUCCACAAGUCUGGUUCAUCCUUGGGAGCAAUUUCCAAAUGCCUGAAGGUACCACGUUCAUCUGUACAAACAAUAGUAUGCAAGUAUAAACACCAUGGGACCACGAAGCUGUCAUACCGCUCAGGAAGGCGACACGUUCUGUCUCCUAGAGAUGAACGUACUUUGGUGCGAAAAGUGCAAAUCAAUCCCAGAACAACAGGACCUUGUGAAGAUGCUGGAAGAAACAGGUACAAAAGUAUCUAUAUCCACAGUAAAACGAGUCCUACAGUAAAUCGACAUAACCUGAAUGGCCGCUCAGCAAGGAAGAAGCCACUGCUCCAAAAACCACCAUAAAAAAAGCCAGACUAUUGUACUUUUUGGAGAAAUGUCCUCUGGUCUGAUGAAACAAAAAUAGAAAUGUUUGGACAUAAUGACCAUCGUUAUGUUUGGAGGAGAAAGGGGGUGGCAUGCAAGCCGAAGAACACCAUCCCAACCAUGAAGCAUGGGGGUGGCAGCAUCAUAUUGUGGGGAUGAUCUGCUGCAGGAGGGACUGGUGCACUUCACAAAAUAGAUGGUAUCAUGAGGUUGUAACGCUUCUCGUCUGGACCAAGGUGCAGCGUGGUAAGUGUUCAUAUUAUUUAAUGAAUUAUGCAACACUAGACAAAACAACAAACACGACAAACAAACAGUCCUGAAAGGUGAAACAAAACAACAAAACAGGAAACAACCACCCACAAAACACAAUGGAAAACAGGCUACCUAAAUAUGGUUCUCAAUCAGGGACAACGAUUGACAGCUGCCUCUGAUUGAGAACCAUACCAGGCCAAACACAGAAAUAGAAAAUUAUAGACAAACUAACAUAGACAACCCACCCAACUCACACCCUGACCAUACUAAAACAAAAAACAAAACAAAGGAACUAAGGUCAGAACGUGACAGAGGUAGGAAAAUGAUGUGGAGACAUUGAAGCAACAUCUCAAGACAUCAGUUAAAGCUUGGUUACAAAUGGGUCUUCCAAAUGGUCAAUGACCCCAAGCGUACUUCCAAAGUUGUGGCAAAAUGGCUUAAGGACAACAAAGUCAAGGUAUUGGAGUUGCCAUCACAAAGCCCUGACCUCAAUCCUAUAGAAAAUGUGUAGGCAGAACUGAAAAAGCGUGUGCGAGCAAGGAGGCCUACAAACAUGACUUAGUUGCACCAGCUCUGUCUGGAGGAAUGGGCCAAAAUUCACCCAACUUAUUGUGGGAAGCUUGUGGAAGGCUACCCGAAAUGUUUGACCCAAAUUAAAUAAUUUAAAGGCAAUUCUACCAAAUACUAAUUGAGUGUAUGUACACUUCUGACCCACUGGGAAUGUGAUGAAAGAAAUAACAGCUAUUAUUCUGACAUUUCACAUUCUUAAAAUAAAGUGGCCUAACUGACCUAAAACAGGGAAUUUGUACUUGGAUUAAAUGUCAGGAAUUGUGAAAAACUGAGUUUAAAUGUAGUUGGCUAAGGUGUAUGUAAACAUUGGUCUUAUUCUGGGUUAUUGUCCUGGUAAAAUGUGAAACUCUUAUCCAGGCGUACAACAGACUGAAUAUGUUUUACCUGGGCUUUGGACCAUUUUUCUUUUGACUCUGCUAGUAUUGUGGAGUGACUGCAAUGUUGUUUAUCUUUUUCCCCCCCAUCUGAGCCAAGGAACUCUAGCUAUUUCACAAUCACCAUGGCCUCGCGGUGACAUUGCAUUACCUUCCUCUCCGGCAGCUCAGUUAGGAUAGAUGGACAGAUCUUUGUGUCGUAUGGGGCAUGUGAUAAAUCAUUCACAGCUUAAUUAUUAACUUGACCAUGCUUAAAGGACCCUCUUCUGAUCUGUACCUGCCUAUAAAUAUAUUAAUGGAUGUUCUGAACGCUCCAGGGUAGCUUUGAGGUUAAAUAUUUGCUUGAAAUCUUUCACAAAUAUGGGUAUUUAUUCUGAAAUAAUGUAAACAAAUGUUGUUGCACAAAGAGAUGGACUCCAUUACAUUUAUUUAGUGACUUGUUAAAAGACAUUACUGCAAUUUUGAAUGGAUUAGGUUUGCCACAGGAUAGGGGGUGAAUAUGUAUGCAUUCAAGCAGAAAUUCAUUUUAGAAAAUUUCUAUAUUUAGGAUAGGAUGUGCAGAUCAGUGAAAAUAAAAUGACAAUGUUAUUCAUUUUUAUAUUUAACGCAACAUGUGAAAACUGCAAUUGAAGUGAAUACUAUUGCCUAUGAUGUUUUUCAAUUGUUUGGUAUAUAUUGUAGAAAAGAAAUAUGAGAAUUCAGAUAUUUUCACUCCUGUGUAACACGGAAUGGUUGCCAGAAAUGUAUAUGCACCAACACCACUUUAGAAAUAUGCAACAACACAUUGCCAAACAUAGACCAUUGUGUAUUAAAGUGAUUUUACUUCAAAGUUGAAUAUUUUUCUUUUAACAUUUUAGUCCUGUUACAACUGAUUGUAGUCAACAGGUUAACAGUAUGACAAGACAGACAUGCCCUUUGCCAUUGAAAAGCUCAAAUAAA